ACCACUGUUGAAGAUAUAAAAUGGCUGCCUCCGUUUUUCAUCAGACUAGAAUAGAUGAACACGUAGUUGAUAAUAAUAAUGGUUCAUCAAUAAACAUUUAGGACGAAAGGCAUUGUUAGUACUACGACUAGUAUUUGGUACAAAUAUUGCAUGAUUGACAUUGUGAAACUUUUGACAGUUGUACCUAAUAUAUAUGUAUGUACAUACAUAUACAUAUAUAUAUAUAUAUAGAAAAGUUCUUUUAUUUGAGGUAUGUUUCUGACAUAAUUAUAUACUAUUUUCUCUUUUUAUGACGAAAGCAAAAAUACAUAAUAAGAAAGUUAGCAAUGUAAUUUUUUUUUAGUGUGUAAGAUAUACAUGGUAUUAUUUUUCUAAAUUUUUGCAUAUUUAUUGAUUAACAGCAAAUAAAUCUCUAUUCAUGUUAAUAACAGCAUUGUUGAACUGGCUAAUUUUUAACAUAAAUAUAAUCAAAUUUUGAUAAGAAAAAGUUUAAAAUGGUCAAGUUAUAUGCAUUAACAAUAUUAUACAAAAAUCCAACUUCAGCAACCGCUUUAAAAGCUGCUUAUGACGUUGAAUCAUUCUCAUUCUUCCAAAGAGGUAGUAUAAAGGAAUUUAUGGGUUUUGUCAGCAAGACUAUUGUUGAAAGAACUCAAAUAAGUGCUAGGCAGAGUGUGAAAGAAGGAGAAUAUAUGUGCCAUGUUUAUGUUCGUGCGGAUAACUUAGCAGGAGUUCUUAUCUCAGACCACGAGUAUCCUAGAAGAGUUUCUCAUACCUUGAUUACAAAAGUCUUAGAUGAGUUUGUAGCAAAAUAUCCACCUUCAACAUGGCCAACAUUGAAGGAGAUUACAACUGAUUUUGCUCAAAUAAAUGUUUAUCUGGCAAAAUAUCAGAAUCCUAAUGAAGCAGAUUCUCUUACAAAGAUGCAAAAUGAUUUAGAUGAAACCAAAAUUAUCUUGCAUAAUACACUCGAGGCUGUGCUCCAAAGAGGUGAAAAGCUAGAUGAUCUUGUUUCAAAAUCAGAAGGACUCAGUGCUCAAUCAAAAGCAUUUUAUAAAACAGCAAGGAAAACAAAUUCUUGUUGUAGCUUAGCUCCAUAAAAAAUCCUUUCGAUGAUAUUUGCUAAUUAUAUUUUCUUGUAUGUAGCUAUUGAAUUAUCCAUUUUUCACCUUUAAAAAGAAGAAUAACUUUUAAUUAUGAACUUUAAAUCUAGAAAUUUUACAUUAGAAAAACAGGAAAAAAGGACCACUGCCGGUUGUAUUAAAUGAAAUUAAAUAACUAAAAUAUAUUUUACCAGUUUUUAUCAUUCUUUUAAUACAAAACGGUCCAAUGUAUUUAUUAUCAGGAGUUAUUUUGCUUUUUAAGAACUCUGUAAAAAAAAUGUAUCCUUAUUGUAUUUAUUUGAGUUCAAACUUACAAUUACAUUCCGAUACUGAAUAAUUUACAUGUAAAAUUUUAAUAUAAACUUUCAUAUUAACCAAUCGGAAUGACAUAGAGAAUAACAAAUAAAUAUUGUAAUAUGAUCAUUGCUUGAACAAAAUCUACUUGAUAUGUACCUGUUUAGAUAUUCUGAUUUAAUUAAUGUUUUUCAUUAAAAAAUAUCAUGAAUAUACUAUACUAUAUGUUAUAAUAAUUAUAAAUGUUUGGAUGUGUAUAACAUGUAUAAAUCUGCAUAGAAUAAUGUAAAUGUGUUAAUAUUUUUCAUAUGAGAUUUAUUGCAGAUAAAAUAACGUUUUUGCCUGUUAUUGAUAGUAUUAAAAACAGACAAAAAUAUUACUGCAUAAUUAUGGUAAAAUUUUCUGUUUAUAUAUAUAUAUAUAUAUAUAUAUAUAUAUAUAUAUAUAUCUUUGGCUAAAAAUUUUAGAUUUUUAUAACAUUUUAAAUAUUAAUGUAUAUGAUACCUAUGUUGCAGUAAGCCAAUAUCUAAUAUAAAGAAUAAUUGCACUUUAUUAAAUAAUUAAAAUGUAGCAUUAAAAGCAACUUGGUAAUAUUAUUGGAAAUAUAAAAUCGGAAAAUAUCGCUCUAUCAAUAAACAACAAAAACAAUAAUAUUAUUCAUCAUGAUUUAAGAAUUAACAUUUGCUAUAUUAAAUAAUGUGUAUAUUCAGUGCUUUUACUACUCAUAAUCCAUGUAUGAAGAAGUAUUUUAUAUUUAUUUUAGUUACAUUUGAUAUAUACACUUUAUUUGUACCAAAAAUAACAGAUAGAAUUUUGAGUAAUGC